GGGGGGGAUGAGAAAGAGAUAGCUGGACAAAAAAUUUUCGUAAUUGGCCAAUCAGAAUGUUCAAUUAUUUUUUGGAUAAAAAAACAACAGAUCCGUAUGCUUAGUAUGAUUCUUUCUUCUUCCUUUACAUUUGGUUUUACCACCCCUAACUUUGGACAAAACUAACAACUAUGGAAAAUUCUGAGGGUAGACUCGUUGAUAUUUACAUUCCUCGCAAGUGUUCGGCUACCAAUCGUUUGAUUGUUGCCCAUGACCACGCUUCUAUUCAAUUGAACGUUGCUGAUGUGGAUGCUGAAGGUCGUGCCACCAACUCUUUCUCUACCUAUGCUCUUUGUGGUUUUGUUCGCAAGGAAGCUGAAGCUGAUGACUCUAUCAAUCGCCUUGCCACUCAAGACGGCUACUUGAAGAACGUAUGGUCUUAUCAACAAUAGAUAAAACAAUAAUUGUCAGGUCCAGUGUAUUAGUGAUUAUUUUG